AGACCCCACGACCCGCUUUGUUGUAAUUUGUUACCAACCCCUGGUUUUUUCUUUAAAGAAAAUCCCAAUUAUCAAACAACGCUAUUACUGGCCGUGUAAAUGUAACCAGCUCAAUUUUUGCUGUACUUAACAUAUUUCCGCAAAAAGUUUACUAUGGGUGUCUGCGAACACAUACUUAGCAUCAAAGUUUCUUAGCUCCAUGAUAAUUACUAUGUCAUGUGUUAACAAAAAUCUUAAACGGUGGCCUGUCUCUCUACACCUCGUGUGAAGGAGAUAGAAAGGCAACCUAUCCUAUCCUAUCCUAUAAUCUUAAACGGUGGUUUAUUUUUUUUCCGCAUUGAAUUUGAAAAACGUGCAUAAAAACGUGCACAUCCUGAAAACUAAUCAUGGAUUUUUCGCGCAUCUCCAUCGGAUGACGAUGUUAGCAUCGACGGCUUCUGGGGAGUCUUGGCUCCCUGCGCUACGUGGUUGUUCGCAGGCGCGACGGCGAAGACGAGCCGGGUCGACACAACGAAUUCCACCGCUGCAAGUUCUUGAUUUCCGGGCACGCGGUGGCUUCCUUCCUCCACCAGGUGCAAUAGCAGGCCGCUCGGCUACUCCAUGUUUCAUCCUGCUUUGUGCCUUUUUGCUCCCUCUGCCCGCAGCGGCACAGGACAAGAACACCAGCGAAACGGGAAUACUAUUAGUGGUGCUUUCGUUUGCAGGAAUCAUCCUUUUAGGCGCCUGCAUUGCAGCCAAGAGGUACGUGCGCACCAAUGUGGUGGGAGAUUCAAACGCGGAUAGAAUGUUCCAACUCGAGACGAAGCUGGAAAAUAUGGUGAUGCGUUGCGCGCACUUCGAUGCGCACUACGAUGUGGCGGUUGGAGCGAAAGGGCCACUGCAGCAUCCGACCUUAGACUCGCUAGACAAAACCGUGUGGAAAACGAGGGUCGUCGACAAAAGGCGGAAUUGCGGUAAAGCCUGGAUGCCAGAGCACGUUGAAUACGACAACAGCGGGAAUCCAGUAUUUGAUAUUUUUUUGCAAGUAGGCUCUAGUGUCGCUCCUAAAAGCCGACUCUUCGAGGAAUUAUCAGUUCGCGAUUGUUUUCUACUCCGUACGAUUUUCAUUAACAGUUUUUAUAAAAAAAUGAGAAACACGUAUAAUUUGAUAUGUUACAACUCUUCUAAGAAUCAGUCGAGCGAAAGCAAGUUAAGUAGAUCGUCACAAUGCUAGUCGAUCGUCCUAUUCUUAUCCAUGAGCCUAGUAGAAUUGGUCUAAGAAUACUCUAUCACAACAGAUUGUCUCUGGUAAGUUUAGCGGAUCCUAUCGUUUCGAGCUAGAUUUCACCGCCGGGAAGAGUGUGAAUAUUUCGGGCAUAGGAUUUGACGAAGCCGACGGGACCUCGCAAACCAAGGGUUUCUACGACGAAUCAACAGGCGUUAUGAUCUUCGAGGAAAAGUUUGAACGGACAGGCGACGACGGGGUAGAGAAAGUCCGGGCCAUGGUGGAGAUGGUUUUAUGGGCGACUCGAAACUAUAGCCUUUAUAUUUGGAGCAAAGUCGAUAAAAAAACAUUCCUUCUACCUCUAUCUAUACGACUUAGCGGAGUAUCAAAUACAAAACGUGAAUUUGCUGUCUACCUUUUUCCUGUUAUCUGCUUCAGUCGGGUACACCCGAAAUAUUGUUUGGAGAUGAAGAGGAGCAGUUGUACUACCUAAUAUGAAGGCGAGAUGGUCGGAUGCAAAAUAUCUGUCUCUCUCUGCUCUAAGAUUCGUUCUCGGCCACACUGGGCAGAUUCGUAGUAUGCGAGGCAAGGCAGUCCCGUCCACGAGAAUAAAACCAUCAGUUUUGCAGGUCGUAGAGAUCACGGAGGGCGACACGUAUGUGCCUCAGGAGCGUGCCUCUGCAGAAUGGGCCGCCGAGCACAGAAACACUUCUACACCGAAACGCAAGGGGCGUGUACCACCGAAGACGGCUGCUAUGCUACGGGGAAUGAGCACUGUCUUUUCUGGAGUGCCAAUUACAGUGGUACCUCUUUAUUCUACUCUCGUAAGUAGUUAGAGAUGAUCUAAGAAUUGUUUGGGGAUUUUGUAUUUACUCGCACUCAACAUUUACAUCUAGUUCAGCUUCUUCUACGCACAAGCAACUGCGUCACUCUUUCAUGCUUAGAGAUGAAGAGGCAAAAAGCAAAGAAUCCUUUAUAUAUUCCUCAACUUCAGGGUCCAACGAAAAUUACACCUGAGAAUGACUUCGCGGAGCGUGUCAAACGGGAAGAGAGGAGCGCUAUUCAAGUGCAAGCGGCUGCGCGGGGACGCAUGGCUCGUAAGAUGACUCAACCGCUGUUAGAAGAGCGCCGCGAGGCUGCGGUGAAAGCGAAUCGGAAAAAAAGAACCGACAUCAAAUUUUUCAGUUAAGGCCAGAAAAGCACAAGUAUCUAUUGUUGAGGACGCCCCGCUUAUUAUUUUCAUUUGAGUAAUUGCGCAGUGGGUGCCUGUUUUUGCUUACAAAGCAGCUCAAUGCCAUUUAUCUAACGCAAAAGGUAGGCGCUUCUCGUGCAUGUAAGAAAAUGUUUAUGUUUCAUCGCAUCUAGGACGAGAUUCUAUCUUAGAAGCAUCCUUAUGAAUUACUUACAAAUCUGGAAGUCCUAUUUUCUAAUUCUCCGAGGAUCUACAAGAAGUGCAAGUACAAAGAAAGAACGAGCCGAAAGUCCAUGCAGCUAUGCGCGGGAAAUAUGUUGAAAGCAUGGGCUCUGAGGACACGUGUGCGGUCAAAAUUCAGGCGGCGGCUCGCGGACGCAUAGUGCGGAAGAAAACUAAAAGUAUGGGCAGGGGAAUGGCAACGGGAACAUGA